AUGGCAUUUCCCGGCAUGUCAGCUCCCGGCUUGGGCGGCCAAGGUGUUGGUCUGGAUGAGCAGAAGCUGAAGGAGCAGCAGAUGAUCAAAUUUAUGCAACAAGCCAUGGAGUCAUGUCCAGCAAAGACCGCAAUGUCAGGUGUCAUGGGUUUUGGUCUGGGUGGUCUGUUCGGUCUCUUCAUGUCGAGUGCUAACCAAAACUCCUUGUACAGNAUGAGAUACGAUGCCCCUAUGACGGCCGGCGCCGACGCAAUCACAAAACUCCCCGUCAAGGAUCAGCUACGACAAGGAUUCAAAGAGAUGGGCAAGGCGAGUUGGAGCAGCGCAAAGAACUUUGGCCUCUUCCGCGCAAAGAACGACUUGUACAACGGCGUAGCAGCUGGCUGCAUCACAGGUGGUGCCCUCGCUGCCAAAGCCGGUCCGCAGGCCGCUGCUCUGGGUUGCGCUGGUUUCGCUGGCUUCAGUGCCGCUAUCGAUUACUACAUGCGCAUGCCGAACGACGACACGGCCGCCGACCCGAUCGCUUAG